AUCUCUUUCCAGACACCUUGCAGUGCCUGAAGGCUCCUGUACUGUCCUCAAGCGAGUGCAGCAAAGCCUACCCGGGCCAAAUUACCAAGAACAUGAUAU